AUGCAGCAACCUCAGAUUCAUGUGGUUGGUUAUAUACGCUUUGAUCAAGUCCUCAUUCCUCUAUUGCGCUUGCUCAAUUCCUUAUCGUAUCUGACUCUUAAAGAUGUGAAAGCAAAUUGGUUGUUUAUUUACCCCCAGAACAACAUAAUUUUGUGGUUUCAUACUAUAACUUCUUUGCACCACAGUGUACGCAGUCAUGGUUGGCUCGCAGAGCUGCAACGCUUGUCGGAACACGCUGCAACAGGUGGUGCUCGUCUCUGUGAACCCAUAAGAAAGGGCAACAAAAUACCUGAACGGUUGUUCAAGCCAAUAGAGGCAUGUACUACACCCGCAGGCGGAGCUGCAAAAUUAAGAUCAACUGAUAAGAUCUCAACACCCAUAUAA